UUAUCUGAAUUAUCCUCUGAAUUGAUUCUUUAACAUGUAUCAUUAGAAAUGAUGCAUAUCAUUUUAUGAAACCUCACUUUGUCCAUGAAUAUCACUUGGCCUUGAUCGAGUGAUUUGCAGUCGGCCUGCAAGUAUUGUUGUUUUUGAGGAUUUGACCUGUCAGUUAUGAGAACUCAUCAAUAGGGUUUUAAUCAGCAUGCAUCUGGAUUAGACAGCUUGGCCCCGCCCAACCCACUGCAUCAGUUAAAUAAACCUCAAUCUGUGAAGGUCCUGGUUAGUGUGUCAGUACUCUUCCUUCUCUCUCAUCUCUGCUGCUCUCUCUCCAACCUAUCCUUCAUCUUUUAGUCAUAAACAUUUCAAAGUCAAAUCCCAGGGGAAAAUACGUUAUGGAUCUAAAGGAGUUUUGCCUGAGUGAGAACUUCCAUUUUCUAAACCAGCAUGACUUUUUGGAUCCGUCAUCCACCGAUGAUCCACCUUCCCCCACUGAUCCGCCGGUAAAAGCCGAUCCGCGAAGCCCGUUGUUCGGUCUGGACAGCAGCAGCCCGACCCCGUUCAGCCCCGGCAGCAGUUCGGACAGCAGCGGUUACAGUCUAUUCUCACAGAGUCAUGUGAACCCGGACUCUCCGGUCAGCUCCAGCUCUGUCGUCUUUAAUCCUCUGUCCCUCAGCUGCGACUACAUCCCGUCACUGAACCCCGGGCCCAAACGUCUCUGUCUGGUGUGCGGAGACUUCGCGUCCGGUUAUCACUACGGCGUCGCGUCCUGUGAGGCCUGCAAGGCCUUCUUCAAAAGAACUAUUCAAGGAAACAUUGAGUACAGCUGUCCUGUGGUAAAUGAUUGUGAGAUCACUAAGAGACGAAGGAAGUCGUGCCAGGCAUGUCGAUUUCAGAAGUGUUUGCGUGCAGGCAUGAUGAGAGAGGGUGUGCGCAUGGACCGUGUAAGAGGCGGCAGACAGAAGUACAAGUGCCGGCUGGAUUCAGACAACUCUGUUUUCACCAGAACACAUUACACACAUCCAGGCAAAUCAGUCAGAAACAAAGUCAUCGCACAGCUCCUAGUUUCUGAACCAGCUACACUGCGAGCUGCUCCGGACCCCUCGACCCCUGACAGUGACCUUAAAACACUGCUGACCUUAUGUGACCUAUUAAACAGGGAACUACUGGUGAUGAUAGGCUGGGCCAAACACAUACCAGGAUUCACGGGUCUGUCAUUGGUGGAUCAGAUGGCCCUGCUUCAGAGUGGCUGGAUGGAGACUUUAAUGCUGGGCGUCGUGUGGAGAUCUCAGGGCUUAACAGACGAACUUCAGUUUGCAGAGAACAUGCGACUCAACGAGAGCCAGAGCAGCGCCAUGGGACUGCAUGAUCUCUACACGGCACUGCGACAUCUGACCUCCAAAUACCAACAGAUGGGCUUAAACCAAGAGGAGAUGGUCACUCUCAAAGCCAUGUCUCUGGCCAACUCAGAUGCAGAGAACGUAGAGAGCGCAGAUGCCUUACAGAGUUUUCAGGAUGCUCUUCACGAAGCCCUCCAGGACUACGAGGGCAGCCAGAGACCCUCCGAGCCUCAUCGUGCCGGGAGAUUGCUCAUGACCCUGCCCCUGUUACGGCAGACCGCUCACAGAGCCGUGCGCUGCUUCUGUCGGCUGCACACUGAAGGCCACGUUCCAAUGCACAAACUCUUUCUGGAGAUGCUGGAUGCCAAGAUCUAGGCUAGAUCGGUUUAGAAGGAAGGCACUGCGUGAUAAAUGCCAAGGAUAAAAAGCCCAGAGAUUUUAUUAUAGGGGGCUAAACCUUCACAGUGAAGAGUUUGUCCUCGACCAAGUCGCAUACAUGGAGACUACAUGGGGUGAUUUUUCAAACAUGCAUCAGGAAGAGUUAGAGCGACUGUAUGGAGAGCUUAGGCAGCUAAACUUGCACUUGAAGACGAGAGGGACCCUGUUAGUCACCAAAAAUGAAACCUCUGUCAAUCAUUAGUCACCAAACAUCAUGUUUUUAAACCCCUAUUAGAAACCCUUUUACAAGGAACACAAAAAUUGAGCGCUAGUGGCUGACACAUUUUCUAAAAGCACAAUAUGAAGGUGAAUGAAACAUGACAGCAGACGACUCUGGGCCGGAGACGCACCAGGGGCCCCAUUUAUAAAAUGCUGCGUAGAAAGCACGCUACAUUUGAUCUUACGAUAAUUUAUUAAAAAUGCAAACGUGAUUCAUAAACCGAACGUACGCACAGGAAAUGCUCGUAACCCUUUCUUUCAGAUGUGAAAUCUAUAAAUCGCAAAUGAUCUUGAACUUGUGCGCAGCUGAGCAGUUUCAGUUCUCCGCCUUUAAACGACGCCUUAUUAAUUUCAUAGACAUAUAAAAGAGCGCUUGUCAAUAUUUAAACCUUUUUCGAGCAGCAAUAAUGGCUUAUAUUUCCAAAAACCUGCAGCAAUCAGACAAGCAAAAGUGCGUACGUCUGCUCAGACCCUGACGUGCCGCUAAGCACUUUCCACGUCAAAGACAGUUUUUAUUAAUAUUGUCAUAGAUUUUUGCGUAUGCACACUUUACGAUCAAAUCUGUGCGUACGCACGCUUUAUAAAUGUGGCCCCAGAUCCGCUGACUUCGGCCCGGAGCUGGUGCAGAUUCAGCCCAGAGUCGUGUGCUGCCUAUUUUUUGUGAACUGUACCUUUAAUUUCAUUCUCAGUGAUGCACAAUCUUGAUAUUUUACUAUUUAUUUGAUUUGUAUGAAUUUCAAGGAGAUUAUCAUUUGAUAUGGUGUGGGCAAUAAAGUUGAUGCAUUGUUUUUUAUGAUUUUGAAAUAUCAACAAUUUUUGUAUUCAUUAGAAUUUGUCGAUCUAGAUCAGUGGUUCUCAAACUUUUUGGCGUGCCCCCCUCCCCUUUUGUGUAGGAUGCAAUUACAUUCCCCAAAGAUAGCUGCCGCAAAGGAAAUUCAUUACAUUAAACUUUAUUACAUAAAACAUAAAAUCUCAAACUUAGAAUUUAAAUUAAACAGAACAUAUUAAAUUAUAAUUUUUUUGCUGGUGGUUGGUAGUCUUGUUUUUUUAAUUAACCUUAUUUAUUUUUUCUGAUGUUUAAUUGCAUAGAAUAUAUGAUAAAUUCAAGUAUUUUAUAAAAUGUCAUAAAACUGGGGUCGCCCUGGCACCGUCUCAUUCCUCGCAAGGGGGGCCACCCAAGUUUGAGAAACACUGAUCUAAAAUAAGGAAUUUGUAAAAAAUGUGUUUUUGUGAUGGCAAAGCUUUAUUUUUGCAA